AUGGUCUUGUUCCAAAUCUCGACGCGGCGAUUCAGCAUGUGGCUGGCUGCAUUGAUGCUGCUGCCCCGGGCCUUGUCACUGCAAGACUUUGUGUUCAGAGAGAAGAGUAACUUUGUGUUGCCUCUUUCCGCGCUGCAAUUGACUUGUCCUGCUGGUUCACAACAGCAAUCAACAUCAAACGAGCAAGAGAAUACAUUACCGAUAUGGGAAAUGAAGCUCUCCCCUGGCAAAGGUCGCGGUUUAUUUGCUCUUGAAGACAUCCAGAAAGGAACCCACAUCCUGAUCGAGGCGCCUCUUUUAGCCGUAAAUCCCCCAGCUCUUGUCCCAGGCAUGGGCUACUCUCUGUCUGCAAUGGCUGCAGAUGUGGAGCACGAGUACUCGCAACUCAGCCCUGAGCAGCAAGAAGAAUAUCUCUCAUGCCAUGAGCAACGACUCGAGGGAGAUAGUCAGAGUGAAUCAGGCCGGCUCAUGGCGAUCCUUCGAAGCAAUGCCUACAACCUACAAGACGGCAGAGUUGCUAUUUAUCCCAAAGUCGCACUCAUCAACCAUUCAUGUCAGCCAAACGUGCUCAAUGCAGAUAAUGACGGAACAAGAGUCAUUGUAGCCACACGGAAUAUUGAAAAGGGAGAAGAGGCCUGCCGGACUGGAUCUUCGGAUAAAAGACGAGUCCGGGCCGGAAAUGACCUAAGGGAGUUGGAGAGCGCGCUUCAGAGCUCGGGCAAGAAGACGAAAUUUGCAAGGAAUAAGCUCAUGUCAACGGCUCAAGCUCUGGCAGAAUACGUUGAGGAGGAAGGGCUCGCGGAUUACUACGUGAAGACAAGCCGACUGGCUCUAGACCACGCCGCCAUGGCCCAAAACAAGAGCAAUGCCAGAAAGUGGGGCAAGAGACACCUUGAGCAUCAUGAGAUGGUUGACGGAAACUCAUACGGGGCCCAACAGGCUCAAAGGCUCCUGGAUUCACUGUGA